AUGCGCGCGUCUUUUCUUCUUUCGACUCUCUCUCCUGCGAGUCGUUACCGAACGAGCAGCAGCAGUCGUUGUUGUUCUCCGGUGCUCUGUCGCGCGAAACCUUCUCUUUCUCCAUCCAUCGACGAUAAGGAGAAGAAGAAGAAGAAGACAAAGUUGGGGAAGAAUUCUUCCUCCCCGGCGGCGGCUAAAAAGGUGAUGGAAUCGAAGUCGUCGUCCUCUUCAGAAAACGACGUGGAGGAACCACCGUCAUCAUCUUCGAAAGCAGCAACGUCAAAUUGGUUUGAAGGUUUAGAAGCCGCGGCGGAUAAAAAGUCGGAAACCAUGCGCACUCGCGCGCAGUUUUACGCGGAAGAGAACAACAACAACAGUUUCAAACAGUACUUCGAGUGGGACGAAACGAGAGAAGAGGAAGAGAAGGAGAUGAAAAACGGAGGGAGAAUGGUAAAGUUUGGAGAGGAAAUCGAGGACGAGGAGGAUGGGUCGGCGAACGCCUCUUCUUCUUGGGGCGAAUUGGUAAGCUCUGAUGAUGUUGAGGAAGAGAGCUUUGAUGAAGACGACGCGAUUGAAUACGACGAUUCAGACGACGACGACGACAUCAACGUGUUCACGCCGGGCGGGAAAAUGUACCAAUUAGGCGCGGAAUUCGAAGACGAUUACGAUUACGAGAAGGAGAAAAUGAAAAAAUUGGAACGAGGGAAAGGAAUGCCGUCGGAGAUGCGGUAUUUCGAUACGGCGAAGAUUUACGUGAAAUCCGGGAACGGCGGGAACGGGGUGAUUGCGUUUAGGAGAGAAAAGUUUGUACCGAACGGUGGUCCAAGUGGAGGGAACGGCGGGAUUGGUGGGGACGUGUCGUUUACCGCGGAUGAGAACAUGCACUCGUUGCAAAUGUUUCGGAAGAAAGUGCACCAUCGAGCGAAGAAUGGGAAACACGGCGGAGGGUCGAAAUGUAACGGCGCAAACGGCUAUCACUUGGAGAUUAAAGUACCAGCCGGGACGAUUGUGAGAGAUUCGCAAACGAGAGAGGUGCUGUGCGAAUUGUUGGAACACGAAGAAACGAAGACGAUAAUCGCUGGUGGUCGAGGCGGGAGAGGUAACGCGUCGUUUAAAACAAGUAAAAACAAAGUGCCAAUGUUAGCGGAACUCGGCGAGGAAGGCUUGGAGAAAUGGAUCGAGCUCGAGCUGAAAUUAGUCGCGGACGUGGGUGUUAUCGGUGCGCCAAAUGCAGGAAAAUCUUCACUGUUAGCCGCCGUUUCCGCCGCACGACCAAAGAUUGCUGAUUAUCCGUUCACGACCAUCGUCCCGAACUUAGGCUUGGUCGAAAGAGAUUACACGCGAAUGGUCUUCGCGGACGUGCCGGGUUUAUUAGAAGGCGCGAGCGAAGGUUUAGGUCUAGGUUUUGAGUUUUUGAGGCACGCAGAAAGGACGCGGUUGUUGCUACACGUGGUGGAUUGUUCCGAGGAGGACUGUUUGCACGCGCACGAUGCCAUCGUGAGCGAACUGAUGCUCUUCGAUGAGACGAUGUUAGACAAACCUCGAUUAGUCGCUUUGAAUAAAAUCGACGUGAGCGACCAAGCGAGAACGAACGCGAAGAAAUUGAAAGAGACGUUAAAACUCGAAGGCGUGGAGUGCUUUGAAAUCAGCGCGGUUUCGAAAGAAGGCGUGGACGAGCUGAUGUCCAAAGUCGCCGAGACACACAAAAUGUUAGGUCCGAGACGGUUAGAGAGCGAAGAGUCGCUCGAGAUUGAACAAUCGAGAGCGAAAAGAGCGGCAGACGGUGCGCGCAUUGAAGAUUUUACCGUCGAAGAUACCCCGUACGCGUUCGUCGUCAGAGGCACCGCGGUUGAACGAUUCUGUCAAAUGACCAACUGGGAUUACUUUGAAAGCUAUAAACGUUUCGCGAGAGUAUUGAAAAUGAGUGGCAUUGAAAAGGCGCUGAAGGAAGCCGGCGCCAGCGAGGGCGAUCGCAUUUUGGUCGGGAAAUUCGAGUUUGCGUGGUCCAACGACCAUCGCGAGAAGACUUUGUACACCACUUGGAAAGAAAGAAGAGACGAAAAACCAGGAACGCAGCAAGGGUCGAGACAUUGGCCGCAUGCGAUGUAA